UUAUAUAGAAUAACGGCCGUCAGUGUGGUCUCAUUCAGCCGGCGGCAGCGGACCUGACAGCACAUCUUCCCUUAUUACAUCUUGCUUUCCGCUCAGGAAACCUCCAGUAAAAUAAACUAAAAUGGCAGAUGAAGAGAUUGCAGCGCUCGUCAUUGACAAUGGCUCUGGUAUGUGCAAAGCCGGCUUUGCUGGAGAUGAUGCUCCCCGUGCUGUCUUCCCCUCAAUUGUUGGUCGCCCAAGACAUCAGGGUGUUAUGGUUGGUAUGGGCCAGAAAGACAGUUAUGUAGGUGAUGAGGCUCAGAGCAAGAGAGGUAUCCUGACCCUAAAAUACCCCAUUGAACACGGCAUUGUCACAAACUGGGAUGAUAUGGAAAAGAUCUGGCAUCACACUUUCUACAAUGAGCUGCGUGUGGCCCCUGAGGAGCAUCCAGUCCUACUCACAGAAGCUCCCCUGAAUCCCAAAGCAAACAGAGAAAAGAUGACGCAGAUCAUGUUUGAGACCUUCAAUACCCCAGCCAUGUAUGUUGCUAUCCAGGCUGUGCUGUCUCUCUAUGCUUCUGGUCGUACCACUGGUAUUGUGAUGGACUCUGGUGAUGGUGUGACCCACACAGUGCCCAUCUAUGAAGGUUAUGCCCUGCCUCAUGCAAUUCUGCGUCUUGACUUGGCUGGCCGUGACCUGACAGACUACCUCAUGAAGAUUCUGACAGAAAGGGGCUACAGUUUCACCACGACAGCUGAGAGGGAAAUUGUGCGAGACAUCAAGGAGAAGCUAUGCUACGUAGCUCUAGACUUCGAGCAGGAAAUGGCAACUGCUGCUUCCUCUUCAUCUCUGGAAAAGAGCUAUGAAUUGCCUGAUGGUCAGGUCAUCACUAUUGGAAAUGAGAGGUUCAGGUGUCCAGAGGCCCUCUUCCAACCUUCUUUCUUGGGUAUGGAAUCCUGUGGCAUUCAUGAAACCACAUUCAACUCCAUCAUGAAGUGUGAUGUAGAUAUCCGUAAGGAUCUGUAUGCCAACACUGUCCUGUCUGGAGGUACCACAAUGUAUCCAGGAAUUGCUGACAGAAUGCAGAAGGAAAUCACUGCCCUUGCCCCUAGCACAAUGAAAAUUAAGAUUAUUGCACCACCUGAGCGCAAGUACUCUGUCUGGAUUGGUGGCUCCAUCUUGGCCUCCCUCUCCACUUUCCAACAGAUGUGGAUCAGCAAACAGGAAUAUGAUGAGUCCGGCCCAUCCAUUGUUCACCGCAAAUGCUUCUAAAUGGACUGCUAGCAGAUGCGUUGCAUUUGCUGCGUGAGUUCUUCAAAGUAUUAAUUUGCCUCGGCAGAUGUGUACGCCUCAUGCUAGCCUCGUGAAACUGGAAUAGAGCCAACUUCCAAAUGAACUUGCCCUUGGAAUGUGAUACAUUCUUAAGUCACAUCUUGUUGGGAUAUUUUUUUUGUAAUGCAAGACUUGGAUCUGUCUCGAAACCAUUCCCGUGGUUAGUGCUAGCAUAUCAUGCCCUGUACACAUCUCUUAUACAAACCCUGGUUGGCAUUCAGUCUGAGUGUCCAUUAAGCUAAGUCUUGCGUAGAAAGAAGCACUUCUGUGAAAGGCUGCCGAUCUGCGACCGUAUUGUGAAUGAUGCUUCCCCCUCUUGGGAGUCUAAUGUAGCUGUCAUAGGGAGAAGUUGAGGCUAGAGAUGUGUACAGGGUGUCUGAGGUUUAGGCUUCCAGAUAUCUAUUUAGCGCUUAAUAUUCCAGAAUUUCAUGUCUGAGGCCGGUAGGAGUUCAUGAAGGAAUUUUCACUUGUCUUGCCACACUUUUAGUAUGGUUGGAAAACAUGGCAUCCAGGCCUUAGAACCAGUGUUUUUUUUUUUGUUUUUUUUUCCCCCCAGUUUGUAUUCCCAAAAUUCAACAUGGGUCUGAAGUUACAAACCUAUUGCAGUUACACCUGUAAAUCUCUUCAUCCAAGUUAAUUUAUGUACAUUUUUUUUGUAUGUUGCCUUAAUGUUCUCACAUGACAGUAGAAAACCAAAAUUUGUAAGUCAUCCUGAAGUUAAAAUUGUAACUCCCAGAAACACUUCAUUGUGUAACAACAAAUAAAGCGCUGCAGUAAAAAUAA